UAACCGGCGCCCAGAAAAGGCAAAACUGGCUGAAAUGUCCGACAAAGGAGCCUAAAGAAGCUCCGUCGGAAAGAAAACUGUUCUCACGUUUCAUUUCCUCCGCCCUCCUCCAUCUGCUUCUUUGCGUUCUCUCGCCAUCACCGGCUGACGCGUCCCCGUCGGCGGCUCCUCCGCGUCGUCGACUCCUCCUCCUUGUGGGCAGCUCCUUGCGUAGCCUGUGCUGCUCCCUGUCGGCUCCCCAUCGUGUGCUGCCUCCUGCCCGUCGCCCGUUUCACGCGGCACCGUGUGCCUGGUUCCUACUUCUCUCCGUCUUCUGCCCAUUUCACGCUCAAUCAGGGCUUUAGGAAUUUGAAUGGCUUCGACAAAUGGACCGGGAGCUCUCCAAGACUCUGCCUUGAAGGAAGAAAUCCAGUCCUUCUUCGACUCAGCUCCUCCUUUGAGGAAUAGUUCGGAAAUCUCUGAGAAGUUAAAGGGAUUUAUCAAGCAGCAUUCAGCUUGCUUUGAAAAUGGGAGAGCUACUAGCAUUGUAUGUGUGACAUCGGGUGGGACCACAGUUCCUCUUGAGCAACGCUGUGUCCGCUAUAUUGACAACUUUAGCUCAGGGCACAGAGGAGCUGCAUCUACUGAGUAUUUUAUUAAAGCUGGUUAUGCCGUGAUCUUUUUGUAUAGAAGGGGAACCUGCCAACCUUAUUGUGGAUCUCUUCCAGAUGACCCGUUUCUUGAAUGUUUUGAGUUCACUGAUGAUGCUCACAUUCGAGCGCGCGAACCACAUUCUGAAGCAGUGAAGAGGGCCAUCGGUGAUCAUCGUGUUGCAGUUGAGAAAGGAUUAUUGCUCAAGCUUCCCUUCACUACUAUAUUCGAGUAUCUUCAGAUGUUACAGAUGAUUGCAACAUCAGUGGGGAGUCUUGGGCCACGUGUGAUGUUUUACCUUGCAGCUGCAGUUUCUGAUUUCUAUGUUCCUUGGAAAAGCAUGGCAGAGCACAAGAUUCAGUCGGGAUCGGGUCCUUUGGACAUGCGACUGGCUCAGGUGCCAAAGAUGCUCGCUGCCUUAAGGAAAGAAUGGGCUCCCUCAGCCUUCUGCAUCUCUUUUAAGCUUGAGACAGACACAGAGAUCCUUCUGGAGAAGGCUGAUAUGGCCCUAAAAAUGUACGGGAUGCAUGCUGUUGUAGCUAACGAGCUCUUGACCCGUAAAGAGGAGGUCGUAGUCGUCACAAGCGAUGAGAAGGUCAGAGUCAACCGAGACAAGGCUGAUCCUAGCAAUGAUGUGGAGGAUCCCCUGGUCAAGCUAUUAGUUGAUAAACAUCGAGCCCACAUUGCCGAUUCUUCAUGAUACCGAAGGUUUUCCAGGUUAUACACACGACAACAUAUAAUAAAAUUUGAGACUUAUGUAAGUUCUUGUGUGUAGCUCAAAUAAUCUCUUUCUCCUACGCUGAACUGCUGCAACCGAUUAUCCUCCAAUCCCACUGUAGUUGCUUUUCAAUUGUAAAUUGUAACUGCAUUCCAAAUGGAAUAAAGGAUUUUCUUCCA